GUAUACGAGAACCGGGAGACAUAAAAUCGAACAGGUUGUCCCGGCUAGCGCUCGGCGGAUGCAUCGCCGCUUCUCCGCCUUCCGAAUCCCGACCAAUGGCUCGCUCCUCCGGUUAUCCCGCUCCCUCCCUUCUUCGACCUCCAACAUCACCGAUCCCCGGCUCGAUUACGUCCGUAACGAGCUCGAAGAGCUCCAGUCCCUGCAACCUAUGGCCGCUCCGCGACCAGUGCGAGCGCCGGAACGAGGCCGAGAAGAAGGAAAAGAAGCCGCCGCUGCCAGUGCUGGAGGAGGGAGGGAGGUGGAGAUAUCGCACCCUUGGCCGGAGUGGGUGGAGCUGAUGGAGAGCCUCCUCAAGAAGGGCUAUUUGGACCGCACUGCGUUCCAGAGGGCUUCUCCUGUUUCCUCUUUGAGUGCUUCCAAGGACUCCAACCACAUCCGGACCGCCUGCCUCAAUUUCGCGCGGAAUCACUUCGAUCUCAUCAGAUAUUUGUCAAGGAGAGAUAUUCAGAUUAUUGUGAAAUGUGGAUGCCCAAGCAUAGACAGAAAAGUUGUCAAUUCAGGGAAGCGUUUGAGAGCUCAUGUGGGCAUUGAGGAAGGAGAUGUUUGCAGCUCGUGCAAUUUGCGGGGAAGCUGUGAGAGGGCAUAUGUGAAGGCUCGUGAGGAUGAAGGUGGAAGAACUGUGGAUGUUAUGCGAAUUUUAUUAACACAUGGUCUCGAUAUCAUCACUGGGUCAGUGGAGAACCCGGCAUGCCUCAACAAAACUGUUAAAGAAUCUGUUCGGAAGCUGCUGAAUGAAAUGGUGGAGUUUAGUAUCGAGGAAUUUGACUCCAAUACUCCAACAGUGACCUCUGGAAGGCCUUUAUCUAGGCUAGACAAGGCAAGUGGGAGCCAAUUUUUCAAGGGCCAAAUUGCUGUCCCUAUGAAACAGGGAGACUGGAUUUGUCCCAAAUGCAACUUUCUGAACUUCGCCAAGAACAUCAAAUGCUUGCGCUGCAAUGGGGAAUUCCAAGAGAGGCUUAAAAGGUUUCAGGAGGACCAGGAGCAUCUUCCUCUCAAGAAAGGAGACUGGAUAUGUGAGAAGUGUAAUUUCUUGAACUUUGCCAAGAAUACAAAAUGCUUGCAGUGUCAUGAGAAGCCCCCAAAACGCCAGCUUAAUCCUGGGGAAUGGGAAUGUCCAUCGUGUAACUUCAUUAAUUUUAGGAGGAACAUGGUUUGUUUAAAAUGCGAUUGGAAACGACCUAAAGCAUCAAAUAGUGGAGAUUGUGCUGGAUCCCAGCAUCAUGAUCAAGGACAUCAGAAGCAUUCUGGUAUCUCAUUUGUCAGAAACAGCGACGACACCACUGGACAGCAUACUCAAUGGAAGCCAACAGAAGUAGAAGACUCUGAUUUCUGGAGUCCUGGGGAAGAUGGAGAUGACAGUGACGAAGAUAAGUUGGAUGCACGGAAUAAAUUUGCAGAUAAUUUUCCAAUAUUGGCAGGCAGUAGCACUCUGUCCCAAGACCUUGUUGCCAGGGAGAGGUGGAAGGAAGAAAUGUCGCAGAGCAGUAAAGGGCAUUCAGGGGAGAGAAAUCAAGAAAAUGAUGGUGGUUUGGAUUCUGCCAGUCUUAGAAGCAGCAUCGAGUUGGAUGAAUCAAGUGGUGAAGAUGAGAUAGCUGAGUGGUUCCAAAGUGCAAAAGAUAAUGGAAAAUUUAAAAACAGGGAGAGAGACGCCGCAAUGGGCUCCGAGGGAUCGCGGGUUGUCGUUCCAAGAAACUUCAGAUUGCUGGAAGAGCUUGAGAGAGGGGAGAAAGGUAUUGGUGAUGGUACCGUCAGCUAUGGAAUGGAUGAUGCUGAUGAUAUCUUUAUGCGUUCCUGGACUGGGACAAUUAUUGGUCCCCACAACACUGUCCAUGAGGGGCGGAUUUAUCAGUUGAAGCUAUUCUGUGACAAGGACUAUCCAGAUAAUCCACCAACUGUGCGAUUCCAGACUAGGAUAAACAUGACCUGUGUAAAUCAGGAAACUGGAGUGGUUGAGCCAAGCUUGUUUCCAAUGCUUGCGAACUGGCAAAGGGAGCAUACCAUGGAGGAUAUACUUGUCAAUUUGAAGAAAGAAAUGUCAUCUUCUCAGAACCGAAAACUUUACCAGCCUCCGGAAGGCAAUGACGACCACAGGAUGGAGCAGAAGGGUUUGGUGCUUAGGUGCUCUAUCCUUUAAGGAAAAGGAGAUGAAUGAAUGCAGUUAUGUAAAAAUCUGCUGGUUAAAGAUAGGCGGCACCACCAAGAGGCACCCUGAAUUGGCACUGUUUGCAAGUCAGCGCCAAACAUGCGAAGUUGGAGCAGUAAUCUUGGUUUUAUAAUUAGUAAAUAAGCUAUAUGCACUAGUUGUUGCAAGCGAUGGUGCUUCCUUUCCGCGUGUAUAUUGUACUUUGAGUGCAGCAGGCACGCAAGCUUUAAAUUAGCCCUUAAUGUAUUCUUAUGUCUCGACUUCAACCUUUAGUAGGCUGUAUCAAAGAAUGGUGCAAUGAAGGUGUAGAUGCUGAAAGAUGUUUAUUAAAUAAAUGUCUGGGGUGGUCAGUUAAACUAGCAAAAAGGGAAUCCAACUCAAGUGUUUAGAUUCUUGAAUCAAAACUCACCUGUUUUAUAAUUUAUUGCUAUAUUAUUGAUACUUGUAAUAAUGAUGAAAUUAGUCCUUGACUGGUA